AUGGAGCACGUGAGCGUUUUCCCUUUCAGUCUGAACAAUUCAGCUGAAAUUGUAGUCCUCGUCAGGAGAGAUGGAGAUUUUUAUAGAGACCUUGGGGGUCAUGUGCAUGGGCAGCACUCCCCUCUUCAUGCAGCUGCUAAGUAUCUAUUAAAGCACUCACAUGGAAUGAUAGCGCCUUCGAAUAUUGAAAGAUUAAUCAAGAAAAAGCCUCUUAUCCCUGAAAAUGAUGAAGCUUUAUUCAGAGAAAUUUUGGCAAAGUUAACCACUUUGCCAAGCCACAUGUGCAUAAGAAAUGUGAGUAGCCAUUUUGCAUAUAUGGUGCCAGUUCCACAUGUUGAUCCCGAACUCCUUAAUACAAAUCUAGAAGACACCAGCCUACAUUGGAUAAGAAUAAGCACACUUUUUAGUGUUGAAGAAUACCAGCGAUUUUUCACUGCUUUUGAUCUAGCUAUUCUGAGCCAAGUUAACACAAAUAUGCUAAAGCAAGCAAUUACCCUAGGAAAAGAUCCUCUAUAUCGUAUUAUGAAUUAUAUUGGAAUAAUCAAUUUAGAAGACGAAGCCCUGUGGCAGUACCAUUUUGAAGCUUUAAUUCUGUCAAACUGCCUUCAGGAACCUUAUAGGAAUAAAGAAGUUAAAUGGAUGUUUUAUGAAUCAGAGCUGCCAGCUACAGAGGAAUUAGAAAGAAUUACAGCUUUCGUCAUAUUUGGAUGGAAAGAUAGACCAAGUGAUGCUUUGACUGACUUCUUAGAGCGAAUUAUUCCAACAAAAAAAAUCCUUGCAAUCGGUUCUGCUGCAAAUAUGCUUUGCGAGAUGCUGGGAGGAAGAUUGGAAACUGCAGAAGAAAACGCCCUUCCUGAGCUCACAGCUAUUCAUUUCACUGGAGAGUACUCAAAAGUCCCUUUUAUUAGAAAAAAUACAUCAAGGCAAGAAGCAGCUCCAGAAGAAGCUGAUAUGUUUCUUUAUAUGUCAAAAUAUGUCCGAAGCCUUCCUGAGCCUGCAGUCAUCAUUGCAACUGCCAGAGAAAGUAUUCCUGUUAUUUAUAAUAUAGACAAUGUCCUUUGUGUCCACGGCCACCCUGAAUUUACUACCUCUUUUGUUGAAGAAAUGAUAGCUCCUGAUCUGCUUGAGCAAGGGAUCUGCCAUGAAGAAGACUUGGAGAAUAUGAGAAAAGCCUGGGAAAGCAUGCCAAUACACAGGUACAGAGAAAUUAGAGAAAUUUGUGAGUUCUUUGUUUUAAGCUAA